AUGCACAGGGCGCCCCCUCAGACGUUCUACGCCGGGUUCGGGCGCAAGGCGUUCCGCUUGAAGUCGAAGGCUUUCUUGCUCACGUUCAAAUCGCUGAACUUCUCCGACGGCGCGGACUUAUGGAGGGAGUUCGUGGGGCGGGUCAAAGGCCGGGUUCAGGCACGCGAAGCGUCCUUCUGGAGCGCUGCCAUGGAGCGGUCGUUGCACUCGUGCAACGUUGGGCGCGCGCAUUUGCAUGCGCACAUCAGUUGGCAGAAGCCCGGGACGAAAGGUAUUGACCACACCAGGACUGAUUCGUGGGUGUUCAAGAACACCCGCCCCCGCGUCGACGUCGACAGUGAGAUGCGCGGGCCGCGCCACUGGGUCAAGGCGACGCAGCGGGGCCACUUCUACUGCUCCGUGCGCAAGGGGGGCGCCGUGUACACGGACACGACCUACCCCCCCCUCUACAAGCAGCACAAGCUCGGCCACGACGCGUACCUGCGGCUCUCGGCGAAGCUGCGGGACGGCCACGACAGGGAGCAGGUGCAAUUGAAGGCACUCCCAUUAAAGCCGCUGCCGCCCGAGAUUGAGCUGUGGAAGAUGAGCUACGAGGAGGUUGAGGAGCGCUACAAGAUGCUUGUGCUCCAUGGCCCAUCUCGAACGGGCAAGUCCUGCCUGGCCCGUGCCCUCUUUGGGACAGACCGCACCAUGGUCGUAGACGUCCAACACAAAGACCACCCAGACAUGCAUGGGCACGAGCGGCACCGCCAUCUCGCCGUCCUCAUGGACGAAGUGCAGAGCCCGCACUUCAUUGCCGACAACAAGAAGCUUCUCCAGGCGCACGUGGACGGUGCGAGUCUGGGCCAGUCGGCUACGCAGUUGUACACGUACGAAGUUUUCCUGUGGCGCACUCCGAUCAUCCUCACCACAAACAAAUGGGACUUGUCGACAUUGACAGUGCUAGAGAUCGAGUGCAUCGCGAGCAAUUGUGUGUCGGCUUACAUCGGCGAGCCCGUGUACGCCGCAGCCAGGACGCCCCCCUGCGACCGCUCACCCAGCCGGAGGCGCCCCAUGGCCGAGCACACGCCGCCUGCGUCUCCAGGGCAGAAGCCGCUUUUCGCCAGCCCGAUGUCGGGCCCUAUUGACCAGGACGCCCUCCGCCAGUUCUGGCCGUCGGCCCCCGCCGGCCGCCUCAGCCCAUGGGAGGUCGUCGAGGCGCUCGGCCUUCGCGAAGCGAGCAAGGAGGUGCACGGGGGCCAGCCGAACAUGGAGUGGGUCGCCGCGCGGCUGACGAAGUCAGGCGGAGGCGCGCCCGCCAGGGCUGCGGUGCACACGCUGUUCACUAAAAUCGAUGGCGAUCCGGAGUGGUUCCCGGGGAGGCACUCGGGCGCGAAGCGGGGCCCGAAGCCGUUGCUCACGGCGGCCAAGCGCCGCUGCAUAGCCGCCUCGGCGAUGGCGGCGAAGAAGCGCGACCAGGAGCCCUACGUCGCCGCGGUGGUCAUCGCCUGCCCCGCGGCGACGCUGAAUCCGGGGGCGGGAAAGCCCUUCUGCGACAAGAAGAUACGGGAAGUGUUCACGAACGAUUGCUAUGACUUCGACCCGGAAUACCCGUGGAAAUUCCAGCGCGCGAUGCAGAAAGUCUUCCUGCCGAAAGCCGUCAAGGAUCACCGCCUCGCCAUGACCCGCUACCUCCUCCGGCACGGGCAGUCGCCAGCCUGGUGGGCGCAGCAUGUGGUGUGGUUCGACCCUUGCGCGUCGAUCGUCCCUGGGCCCCAGAAGCAGCAUGACCAGAUGCGCCGGGCGUUCGAGGGCAGCAAGAGGUACAUCUCGGACGACGCGAAAAUGCACUCCCCGAACUGGCUCGGCCCCCCGACGGCGCUGAAGCAGCGGCAGUAG